GUGGAGGUCUUGCUCGUUCGCUGCUGCGCCGCUCAGAUCAAACUUGCUGUGUGGAAACUUUCAGGAACACCGUUUCAUGUCAAGUAGUUCAAAGUAAGCGCUGCUCGCCCGACUCUCCCGAUGUCCGACGUGGGAGAGGGAAGCGACGGGGGCGGCGGCGGGAGAGCCCAUCUGUCGGAGUCUCCCUCGCCGCCUCUGUCUGUCAGUCUUCCCCGAGGAUUGCCCUCCUCCCCGCGGCCCCUGGACUUCUUCUCCUCUGCCUCGCCGCUGCUGGGGGACACGGACCCGCCUUACCUCGCCUCCUCGGAGUGUUUGCACCCGUCUCCGGAGAGCCGGGAACUCGGGGGCUCCACUCACUUCACGCCACCAAAGUUCCGCCAGCGCGCUGCCGACACCGUCUCGACCUUCCUGUCGCGGYCAGAUGUGCGAGUAGACGCGGGCUACGACGAUGACCCGCUGCCUAAGUGGAGGGGACGGGUUUCGCCGAGCGCCGAGCUGCUUCAGCACCGCGGACAGAGGCUCCACAGGACUCCGGAGCUCUCGGACCACGGGAACCACCACUCUGCCGAGCACGACACCGAGUUCAACUCCGACACACGGCAAUCGGUGGAAGCCAUGCAUCGCCGACACACCACGCUGAGGGAGAAGGGGCGUCGCCAGGCAGUGCGAGGUCCUGCUUAUAUGUUUAAUGAGCGUGGCUCCCCACUCACUGCRGAGGAGGAACGGUUCCUGGAUGCUGCCGAGUAUGGGAACAUUCCUGUGGUKCGCAAAAUGUUGGAGGAGUCGAAAACUCUAAAUUUCAAUUGUGUGGACUACAUGGGCCAGAAUGCCUUGCAGCUGGCGGUGGGUAAUGARCAUUUAGAGGUGACUGAGCUGCUGCUUAAGAAGGAUGGCUUGGCCAGGAUUGGGGAUGGCCUCCUUCUGGCUAUCUCUAAAGGUUACGUUCGAAUUGUCGAAGCCAUUCUCGCCCAUCCCGCUUUUGGUGGAGGUCUCCGGCUGGCUUUGAGCCCCCUGGAGCAGGAGAUGCGAGACGAUGUCUUCUAUGCAUACGAUGAAGAUGGGACGCGCUUUUCACAUGACAUCACUCCCAUCAUCCUGGCAGCUCAUUGCCAGGAGUACGAGAUCGUUCACAUCCUCCUGACGAAGGGGGCUCGCAUCGAGAGGCCUCACGACUACUUCUGUAAGUGUUCGGAAUGUGUGGAGAAACAGAAGAAAGACUCGUUCAGCCACUCGCGCUCCAGGAUGAACGCCUAUAAGGGCCUGGCCAGUGCAGCUUACCUGUCGCUCAGCAGUGAGGACCCCGUUCUCACUGCCCUUGAGCUUAGCAAUGAACUGGCAAGACUGGCCAACAUCGAGACAGAGUUUAAGUUUGUUGCUCAUCCCAACUGCCAGCAGCAGCUGCUGACUAUCUGGUAUGAGAACCUGCCCGGCCUGAGGCAGCAGUCCAUUGGAGUGAAAUGCUGGACAGUGCUGGGGGUAACAAUAGGUCUUCCCUUCCUGGCUGUCGCCUACUGGAUAGUGCCAUGUAGCAAGGUAUGAUUUGGUCUGAAUGUAAGGAGAUCUGGAGCGACGGCCCCAGGGAGUACAUCAUGCACCUAUGGAAUGUUCUGGACUUUGGCAUGUUGUCCAUCUUCGUGGCCUCCUUCACGGCACGCUUCAUGGCUUUCCUCAAGGCAUCCAAAGCCCAGCAGUAUGUAGACAUGCAUGUACCAGAUGAAGACCUCAGCAACGCCUCACUGCCUGAUGAAGUGGCUUACUUUACAUAUGCCAGAAAUAAGUGGCGCCCGUCCGACCCUCAGAUCAUCUCAGAGGGCUUGUACGCCAUCGCCGUGGUGCUGAGCUUUUCCCGCAUCGCCUACAUCCUGCCGGCCAACGAGAGCUUUGGCCCGCUGCAGAUCUCCCUGGGCCGCACCGUCAAAGACAUCUUCAAGUUCAUGGUCAUCUUCAUCAUGGUCUUCGUGGCCUUCAUGAUCGGCAUGUUCAACCUUUACUCGUACUACCUGGGAGCCAAGUACAACCCCGCCUUCACCACGGUGGAGGAAAGUUUCAAAACUCUUUUCUGGUCUAUCUUCGGGCUGUCUGAAGUGAUCUCAGUGGUGCUAAAAUAUGACCACAAGUUCAUCGAGAACAUCGGCUACGUGCUGUAUGGGGUUUAUAACGUUACCAUGGUGGUGGUUCUUCUCAACAUGCUCAUUGCUAUGAUCAACAGCUCGUACCAGGAGAUAGAGGAAGACGCUGAUGUCGAGUGGAAGUUUGCCCGUGCCAAGUUGUGGCUCUCCUACUUUGAUGAGGGUCGGACUCUGCCCGCCCCGUUCAACCUGGUUCCCAGCCCCAAGUCCUUCUACUACUUGGUGCUCCGCAUCAAGUCCUGUCUCAUAUGCCUCUGCAAAGCCAAUGGCCCUCACCGCAGUGAGGUGGAGAUGGGCAUGCUGAACUCGCAGGGCAAGGAUGAACGCUUUAGGUCUUACGCACGAUCAGGGGAAGAGUUCGUCCAAAGGAAAGCCAGACAACAUCCAACCAGAUAUCAGAAGAUCAUGAAGCGGCUGAUUAAACGUUAUGUGCUGAAAGCUCAAGUGGACAAGGAGAGCGAUGAAGUCAAUGAGGGCGAGCUGAAGGAGAUCAAGCAAGACAUUUCCAGCCUCCGCUAUGAGCUCCUGGAGGAGAAGUCCCAGGCCGCCGAGGAGCUGGCGCUGCUCAUCCAACAACUCGGCGACAAGUUUGGCAAGAACACCAUGAGACACUGACAGGUCCUGCAUUGGCGGGGAGGGAGGGAAGGAGGGUGAAGGUGGGGCCAGCAGGUAUUUUAUUUUUACAACCUCGGUAAAAGAGAAGACAUAAUGCUAAAGCAGGAUGUUUGUGUGAAUGGACAAGUUGAGAGUAUAACCUAAAAGGUACAUUUCGCUAAGCUAAACCUAAGUGCUUUGUUUGUGCAAUGACCAAUUAGAGAGGAAUGCAAAAACUGCAAGUGAGCGUGAGGUUAAACCUGUCAGAGGUGAAGUAAACUCAACUGGAGGGACUUUGUGUUGACGCUUCCAUUUUAAUUAAAAGAGAAGAGGAAAGUGAUGACGAGGCAGGAGGAGGAGAAGUAUGAGGAGAUAUGAAGAGGCACCACAGGGCACGGGGAGCGAUGCAGUGCAGCAAUGAGAAGCCCCCGCAUCCACUGCCAGGAGAUAUCAGCGUAUCAUCGAGUCGGAGGAGGGAGGCGAACCCAGCGAGGAGAAGCGAGACACGCAGAGAGUGGCUGAAGAGGGAUGAGUGAGAACGAUAUACCUCAGAGUGCCGCCCGUUAUUCACAUCGGAGAGGUUUGCUUCUGUGUUUCCACUUAGCCAGAGAAAUCUGCGGUGCCUGUCAAGAUAAUGCACAYGCACCUUUAUACGUCAGGCUGUCUAAUUAAUGCAGUUCCAGCCCUUCAUGCACAACCCGUGAUGGGAGGCAGAGACUUCAAGAUCAGCAGGAAAGUCUGAUUCAUGCACUUACUGUAAGUGAAAGUAUGAGUAAGUGACACCGAAGGUCCAAAUCACAUGAAGAACUUUGUGUUUUUGUGACAUUAACAGAGCAUAUAAAUUAUAAUAAAAGGGGAAAAAAUUAAAGUAGCUAUGAAAGCCCUUUAGACAGCUUCUUUUUUUUUAAUCACCGAGCUGUUGUAGAUGUUCUCCUGGCUAAGUGUAUCCUAAGACUGAAAUGGUGUUAAGAACUUCUGCUAUGAGCUGAAAAAUCUAGAAAUUAAAUCGAUAAAUUUGUGUUUUGAUCAUCAACAAUAGCUAUGUUUACAUUCACAAAAUUCUUUUAUCAGAUUGAAAAGUAUGCUGAUUAAAUCAUUUGWAUGUAUCAUUUAUAUCGGCACAAAAUUAACUAAUCUAAUCAUGAUGAGUGUUUACAUGCACCAGGCUUUUAUUCAGAACAGAAGUACUGACAUGCUAGUGGUGCAACGAUGCAGAGAAAUCACGAUUCGGUUCGGUUUGAUACUUUAGUGUCACAGUUUGAAAGAGAAAUUUCCAUGCCCUUCUUUACUUGUAAUUUAUUGGAAUUAAUUACAAAUAUUUGUUUAACCUCAAAAGUACCGUUUUUUUAAUUAAACGUUGCUGAAACUUCAAGUUUCUCUGUGGAUCAGAGCUCGACAAUACAGCCUAGGUGGAGUAGUUGAAUGCCGAUCCACUGAUCCUUAACACAGAGCAUCUUUAGAAGACAAGUUGCUCAAAUACAAUUUUAAAAUGUGUAUUGAUUGAUGUACUGAACCUAAAUCACUGUAUUCAACAGUUCAAUACAGAUGCAUGUACUGCUGCACCCCAUGACAUAUGCAGAGUUUGUAAAUGUUCCCUAAAAACACAGAAGUUCUACUUCCAUGAUGAACAGAAACAAACAUUAAAAUAAACUCUGAGAGAACUCUGUGUUCCUUCACKUUCGACCAUCAAGGCAUUCAGUAAUUUUGAGCUCUUUUAAAGUUUCYAAUAGAAAUGUAUCACUAACCAACUAAUUUAGCUUCCCUGACAUAUUAGCRUCUAACCAGGCGAAAAUAAUAGGUUGACAUCGGUCAGGUCCAUUUUCCACAACCAGUAUAACAUGAUCAGUUUACAUGCACAUCGUUUGGAUUAUCAAUCGACAAACCACCCCUCAUUCCAAUUACAAAUGUAUUUAGAUCGAGAUGAAUUUGAUCAAAAAUAUUCCAAGUAAAUGACACAUUUUUUUUCCUAUUGGUUGCUUAUUCCGAUUAUUCAUGACCAUGAAAACAUAGCUUGUGAUUUGGCUACAAAAGUUAGAUUUUCUUACCGAAGCUGUGAGGAGUCAUUUUAYAGUUUACAUCUGGAGACAUUCAGUAUUUGGCAUAGAGUACAGAGUUGAAACGUCAGCAGUGCAUUAACUGACAGAGCUAGCAGUGAUACGGGUGACAGCUGAAAGAGAGUUUUAACUAUGAGUGAAGAAUGAUUCCAAGAAAAUACACAAAUCAGUAAACUGCUAACAGGUCAACAAGAAAUGUGAUCAUUCCAGCUGUGUAAAAURCAUUUUGACCAAAACACACACAGUGUUCUUUUGCGUUCCUAUUUAUCUAACUGGUAUGCAGAAGGCAGCAGAGUUUUAGGUUUGAACCCAACUUUUUCUUGUGUUCAUGUGAAAUUUGCUGACAGGCACACAUUUCUUCGUUAUUGGACCAGCACUGGGGUGGUACUGUUMCGACUGAGAAGUGCAAUAACACAGAGGAAAAAUAGGAGUGAUAAUUUCAUCUCUGCUCCAGUAGYUAUUAUGAAGCCCUUUUUAGACAUGAACUCUUUAAUUAAUCUGAGGGUAACUGAAUGUUAUGUUUGAAUAAGCACCCUGAUGAUUUCUGAAACCAUAAAAAUGWAUUUCUUGGUUGGAUUUAAUAAUUAAGCAUCACUAUAAGGUGGGAACUUUAUGCGCACACAAAGCAACACUACCUAGAGUACCAGAUUUGGGAUUGAAACCAGCAGAGUUUUCUGCACCUUUUUAAUGAUAAAUCAAUGUUUUUCUAGAGCUGAAGUCAUUAACGCCAGUCUAAAGAAAAGCUCAUGAAAAAGAAGCCAGUCUCACUCUUUUUCCAACAUUUAAAAAUGUAAUAAAUUGAACUGCCUCAAUCCACCUGUGUACAAUGUUUCAAAUGAUAUCAGUUGUUACAGCAACACAUCUCCACAUUAAGUUUUUGUCAUUCUAACUGUACUUUGAGUUGUCAAAUUUGGUGAAAAUGACAAGAAUUGAAGACUUACUGAGGCUUUGUCKUUUAUCACCCUGAGCAUGUCUGAAUGAUGGAAUUAGGUCAUUAGCUGUUGUCCAAAUGACAGAAGGCAGUCACUUCAAUAAAAAAAGAUAAAGCCAUAAAAGGGUAAAGUAUCUGACAGCCUAUGGAAAGUAAUUAUACAGAGUAAAACCCCCUUUUUGUUGUUGUUUUAUGAUUCAGUUUUGUCAAUCUCAGUCGUCUCAUUUCUCAGUGCCUGUUAUUUGUGCAGUGGUGCGUGUUAAGUGUUGUUUACAAGAAGAAAAGUCACUCUGAUUUCCAUCAGUCCUCUACUUACAUCCAUUUCACUCAGUCCUUCAAACGUGGUCUCAAAGCUUUGCAAUGUGACUUUCAAGGCGUGGGGGGAGGGGAAUUUGGGACACCGUUUGGAAAAUCACAAACACUGUUCCAAAUUUGUAGCAUUAUUCUAAUCGUUAUGGCUUUCUCACCUCWCACUCAGAGGUAUCAUUCAUACAUCAGCCAGUCAAGACUUUAGUAAACCUGUUUUUUCAACACUGUUGCCACACUUUUAAUAUCAGCUGGAGCAUGUCAGUGAAUAUUUCAAUUGCUAUAUUUUUUGUCACAUUACAGUCAUUUCCAUCGCAGUCUAAGAUCUCAAGUUAAAGAUAACAUGUAUUUCAUUGAUUUAUUACCACAACAACUAUGUUACUUUAAGUAUGUUGAGGAUGCUAUCAAAUGUUCUUUAGUUCUCAAAGGACCAGAGACGGUUACUUCUCCUAUUAAGACAUUUUAAGGAGAGUUAAUUAUUAACAAUAAAUGGGAUACACUAACUUGCUGCCACUCAGCAAGAAGGUCAUAGGACCGCCUCCUUGCCUUUCUGGGUUUUCUCCAGUUUCCUGCCACAAACCAAAAACAUACAUAUUAGAUUCAUUGGCAAAUCUAAAUUGUCCCUAGGAGUGAAUGAUUGUUAGUUUUGGUUGUCAUGUCCCUAUGAUGGACCACUGUGUCUCACACAGUUACUGCUGGACAUGGGUACCAGCUCCACACAACCCAAGAAGAAGUAGCAUGUAAAGAUAAUAGAUGGAUGAAUGGAUGGGUAAUACAACUGAGUAUAAUGGUGGCCCSCAAAGGCCCAGUUGUAAUAAACUUCAAUGUUUUCUGUUUAACUUCGACUAAACCCGAAAUAUACAUUGUUCCUCAUCUCACUGCUACGGCUGAGCACCACUAAGAAACCAUAACUGAGCUCUACAUGGUAUUUUGUGCAUAGAAACAUUUUAACACGUCCUCUUAUAAUCACUGAAARUACAAUGUGUAUGAUUGACUACAUGUGAAAUAAAAUACAUGUGAAAUACUUUAAAAAAUAUAAAUAUGAGUUUUACU